UGAACCAGGUUUUAAAUAUUUGACUACUUGCAUAAAAAGUCUGAAAAGUUUCUUAUUUACGUAAACGACUCUGGGUGACUUUGAGACACCAGUAGCAACAUCUUAUUGGAAAAUGUGCAAGAAGGUGAAAAAUAAAUGGGCGUGAAUCAGAUCAUAGUGUGGUUGCAUUGCAGCGCACACACAAUGGCUGCUCUAAAGAUAGGAAAGGAAACAAAUUUCAGGCCCGCCGCGUCUAGCGAAAAAUAUGAGAAAAAAAUUAUUAAAAAUUCUGGAAAUAGUUGAAAGUCAAGAAAAACACAACAGAAAGGAUGUCGAAGCGUCCGGGGCUCACAGGUCCUGAUAGUGCUGAGGACAAACAACAGGAUAAGGUGACAGCGGUCAUGUCCGUGUAACUAGUGUGCCUUUGGGUGCCGUGUCGGCUGGAACCCAGGUCCGCAUUGAGAUGGACUUGGAGAAAGCCAACCUUGCAGCAACCAUGGGGAGGCGCAUGCAAGGAGAAGAAAAGCCCAAGAAGAAAUUCCCUUGCGAAGACUGCCAGAAAGUGUUCAACAGCGUGGAGAAGUUGAAGGUGCACUCGUACACACACACCGGAGAGAGGCCCUACUUCUGCUCCCAGCCUGGAUGCACCAAGGCUUUUGUCUCCAAAUACAAGCUGCUCCGGCAUAUGGCAACUCACUCGCCAGAAAAAAGCCACAAGUGUUCAUUUUGUGAAAAAAUGUUUCACCGCAAGGAUCACUUAAAGAAUCACCUUCACACCCACGACCCGUUUAAAGAAGCCUUUGCAUGUCAGGAGUGUGGUAAGAGCUACAACACCAAGCUGGGCUUCAAGCGCCACCUUGCCCUUCACGCUGCCAAUAGGGGAGAUCUCACCUGCAAGGUGUGUCUGCAGACAUUCCCCAGUACCGGGGUGCUUCUGGAGCACCUCAGAAGCCACGCCGGCAAGUCCUCUGGCGGGACCAAAGAAAAAAAGCAUCAUUGUGAGCACUGUGAGCGGCAGUUUUACACCCGUAAAGACGUACGGCGCCACAUGGUGGUUCACACAGGACGCAAGGACUUCCUUUGUCAAUACUGCGCCCAGCGCUUUGGUAGGAAAGACCACCUGACACGGCAUGUUAAGAAGAGUCACGCUCAAGAGCUGCUGAGGGUGAAAAGUGAGCCGGCCGAUUUGGUGGAGCCUGUGGUCUAUGACUUGAUGGCUGAGAACAUUCAGGCACAACUCCCAGUCAUGUUGGCAACAAUGCCACAUCAGCACAUUUACACCAACCCACUCCUGGACUCAGCGCCCCUCCCUAAGCCUGUAUUAAGUAAAUGCCCGUUAGGCUCCAACAUGACCUCAUACGCUGUCUCCUCACAGGAACGGGAGCAGAACCUAAAGGGAGAACUGGACAGCUACCUAAUGGAGCUACAAAGCAACACGCCCUCCUCAUCCUCAGCAUGCCAACAUCAACUCCCUGUCUGCAAACUGGAGAUGGAGCCUCAUGUGGGCAUGCUGGAAGAAUCAAGUCAGGACAGAUCCUUGUCCGGGAUUCCCACGUCAACGGCAACAUGUGACUCGCUGGCCUCAUCCCCGAUGGACUUCUCACAGCUGUUCAAUUUCCUACCGCUAAAUGGACCUUUGUACAACCAGGCAGGGGGCAGUGGGGAACAGCAUACAGUGCCCCAAGACAACACACCUCUCCGACUGUCCCCACAAUCGUCCAAACCGACCACACUACCCCGCUUCCAUCAGGCUUUUCAGUGAUCCAGUAAGUCUGAGCUUGACACACGCAUACGUACCUACAUAUAUGCUGUACAUACAUAUAUGCAUAUACAAUUACGUACGUGCGCCACACAUACAGUACUGCACCUACAUACGUAUAUGCAAUAAUACAUUUGUGCGUUUACAUGCACACAUAUGUAACAUACAGAAAUAAGGCAUUUACAGUACGUACUUAAAUUGACAUGCAUACAUAAAUACUAGGGAUGGAAACCUCUGUGAUGGACCAUUCCAAAUGCAUCUAGACCGGUUCCACUCGUUCGAUGGCCCGUGAACGCACAAUCUACCUUUCUGCGAUGCUGCACAGAUACACUCCUACUGUAUCUCCCCCUUUUUAAUUCACCUCCCAUUUGUUCCCAAAUGCUGCUACUAUGUGGGAAUGUAUAAAGGCAAGAUUUGAUGUUACUGAGUGCAUUUUUGUUCGGCACACAACCUUACUGAAAAGCAAACACCGGGCUCCUACCGGUGGAUUGUGGGUCUGUAUUGAUUUAAUGCUUUUAAUUCCAUCUUGUUCCUGCUUUAUUUUUACACAAUAUAUAAAGAUCAUGUAGAUGGUUACAAUGUACAUAUGUUUUGCUGAUGUGUUGAAAAUUGUUUGGUAUGGUUGUUUGGUAUUGCAUGGUAGGCUACGGAGCAAUCGUCUUGCAGGCAGCCCAGGCUCUCGUAUUAGGAGACUCACUGAUAACCAGUUGCUAGUCUUGCCAUACCUGGUGCACGUCUUUACCAUCAAUUCAUCCAAGGAUUUAUGGCUGAUUCUUAUCCAUCCAGGAGGCUCCUCCCUUGUCAAAGCGCACAUCGGGAUUUCAUGGUCUAUCCUUCACAACCCUAUGAAAUAUACACAGUACAUGAGUACACACAUAAAUACAAUACAUAUGUAUACACACAUGCGUACAUACGUAUGUACAUAUUCAUGCAUUCUACAAACAUAAAUACAAUGCACACAUGCUAGGGGUGUAACAAUACACAAAAUUCACGGUUGGGUUUGAUAUGUUUUUGAUACAAAAAACUGACAUUGCCUUCUUUAAUUUGAAUUUGGUUGAAAUUGCCUACAUUUUUCCCACCUUAAAAGUACAGUUGUGCUGCGCACAUUCACAAUAGCAGUAUUACUAGUACUUCAGAGUAAUAGUAAUCCAUAUGAAGAGUCCAUAAUAGCAAUUCUCAAAAAUAGUAAUUGAUAGUAUAGUACCCAUUCAUUCAUUCAUUUUCUAUGCCGCCUGUACCCACAAGGGUCCUAUCCUAGGCUGGAGCCUAUCCCAGCUGCAGUAUAUCUGAUACAUCUGUCAUAUAUAACAUCAUAUGUCAUAUUUAACGUAUAUAUAUAUAUUCAACAUUAAAUUUUAUAUUUAACCAUAAAUAUCUGACCUAAGAAAUAUUUCAUACAUAACAUUGUGAUAUUCAACCUUACAUUUAAUAUUUAACCAUAAAUAUCUGACCUAAGAAAUAUUUCAUAAGUAACAUGACACUAUCUUUAAACUUAUGUUUAAUAUUUAACCAUAUAAAUCUGGCCAAAGAAAUAGUUCAUCAGUAACAUGAUGGGAUAUUUCCGUCAUUCUAAUAAUCUAUCUAUCCAUUUUAGUAGCAAUAAUAUUAGCUUGACUGUUUGAAGCCAGGUAUUUAUCUUGUGAAAUGAUUGACAUGUUUGCCUUUCUCCCCACCGUUUUCCUCAACG